UUUUGCUGAAUUUGCCCUAGGUUGGUUCUUACUUGAAAUCGCCAAAGUUCCCCAUUUGGAUUGUUGGCAGCGAAACUCACCUCACUGUCUUUUUUGCCAAGGAUAUGGCCUUAGUUGCCCCUGAAGCUCCUUCAGAGCAAGCCAGGAGGGUUUUUCAAACAUAUGAUCCUGAAGAUAAUGGAUUUAUACCUGAUACACUUCUAGAAGAUGUGAUGAAAGCUUUGGACCUUGUAUCAGAUCCUGAAUAUGUCAACCUCAUGAAGAACAAGUUAGACCCAGAAGGACUAGGAAUUAUCUUACUGGGUCCCUUUCUCCAGGAGUUCUUUCCUGAUCAGGAUUCCAGUGUGCCAGAGUCAUUUACCGUAUACCACUACAAUGGAUUAAAGCAGUCUAAUUAUAAUGAAAAGGUCAUGUAUGUUGAAGGCACAGCAGUCGUUAUGGGCUUUGAAGAUCCUAUGCUUCAGACAGAUGACACACCAGUUAAACGCUGUCUCCAAACCAAAUGGCCAUAUAUAGAAUUGCUCUGGACCACAGACCGUUCUCCCUCGCUAAACUGAUUUACCCAAGUAUUUAUAAGGAAGAUCGUACAUGCAAAUACUUAGAGAAGGGUUGAAAAAAAUGGCAGUUAGAUGUAAAAUAUUAUACUUUGGCUAAAUGAAGAUAUACACUGGUAUCAUUGAUAAAUUGUAAAUAAUUUUAAAACACUUUUUCAGUGUUUGGGAUAUAUUUAAUUUAUAUUUCUUUUUAAAUGUCUUCUGUUAAAGUUUAUCAUUUGGGGCCAUUGUGAUAUUGACAAUAAAAAUUAAUUCUAAGCUUUAAAUAGAGUAUGUUUAUUUGCAGGCUAGGAUAAUUUGCCAUCUCUUACAGGCAGAUUAUAAAUGUCCAGUACUGUAGCAUCUGCAUACUGGACAUCAGAAUUGAAAACUAUAUUAUUACAUUAAAGUACAUUAAAAAGUUGAAAAACUUCACCUCUGCUUGCAUUUUUAAUUCAUCCGAGCAUGUUUUAUUACUUAAAUAAUACUGGCUUACAUCAUAUCAUAGCUCAGCCUCAGCACUAAAUUGCAUACAAAUUUGGGUUUUUGUUGUUUUCUUUUCUUAAAUCCUUUUUCGACUAAGUAGCUUGUACAAAUGUUGGUCAGAUGGUACACCUCAGAAAUAUUCCUAUGUAACAUAAAUCAUCAGCUCUAUCUUUUGACAGUUGUCUGUUGCUUUGGCUUAAUUGCCUGGCAUGUUGAAAGGCAGAAACUAAGGGGAUGAUGUAUUAAUUUAUUCAGAGAUGUAUGAGAGGAAUGUAAAAAUAGGUUUACAAAGAUUCUUUUCUAUAAUUGUAACUGUUCACUUUUAUUGUAUUGCCAAAUACUCUUCUGAAUUUGUCCCAACAACAAUGUAAGCCAGCUUUCUUGUAUAUUUGUAACUGUGUUAACUGCAUGAGAACAUCUGUUAUUACAUUAGUAUAUUACAUUAUUUAUUAUGAUCCUAGUUGAUAGCUCUAAAUAAACAAACUUUUUUCCUGAA